AUUAUAUAAGCCUCAUGAUCACUUCGUCAUUAUUAUCAAAAGAAGAUGCUAUCGAAGUGGAGCAGUAGUUGCACGAGAAUUUCCCAGCGAUGGGUAUUCGCCAUAAUGGCCUUUCUUGGCCUGUGGCUGGGCAACGGAUUGCGAGUCGCUUUGUCCAUUACGAUAACAGAAAUGACUGUACCCAUAGCGGAAGCGACGCAUCAACUCGAUGAUACUUGUGCAACCAUUGAAAAGCCAGUGUUGAAAAAUGUCACCACCACCGACACCGACUACCUCUACGAUUGGGACGAAUAUACGCAGUCAUUUUUGCAUUCCCUUCAGGGCAUUGUUCUAUCCUCGUAUUUCGUUGGGUACGUAAUAAUGCACUUCCCGGCUGGCUUCCUUUCCGAGCGCUACGGUGGCAAGCACUUCCUAGGCAUGAGCGUCAUCGUGCCCUCCGUACUGACUUUUUUUACCCCAAUGGGCCUAAAGUACGGUGGGGCUACGGCACUUACGAUUAUGCGGUCCUUAAUGGGCCUGGCCGGUGGUGCCAUGUACCCUGCCGUAAGCGCGAUGCUGCCCCGUUGGUCAGCCCCAAUCGAGAGAACAAAAUUCGGAAGCUUCGUGUACUCCGGGGGCAUGUUUGGCACCGUGUGCGGCAAUACAAUAGCCGCUCUGAUAAUAAGCUACUCUGGCUCGGGCUGGCCAGCUGUUUUCUACAUAUUCGGUGCCGUUGGGAUGCUAUGGUUUCCCCUUUGGAUGGUGCUCUGCUACAAUAGCCCCAAAAAACAUCCCUUCAUCUCCGAGACCGAGUUGAAGUAUCUGCAAGAGACAUCGGAGAGAAAGCAAAAACCACCACCGGCGCCUUACGGACACAUUUUUCGAUCGAUGCCAAUGUGGGCGUUUGUUACCGCGCUUUUUGGAGUCGACUGGAUUUACUUUACGAUGGCAACUGAUCUGCCCAAGUACAUGAGCAGCGUCGUAAAGUUCUCGAUCGAGGACAACGGGUACCUGUCCUCCCUGCCCCACUUGGGCGGCUGGAUGAGCUCGAUUUGCAGUUUCUGGAUCCUUGACUACAUUGUGGGGCGGAAAUGGCUGAAACUAGGCUCGACCCGAAAACUGAUGGCUGUUGUGUCCUUGAUAGGACCAGCUAUAUUCGUGCUGGGCGCUUCAUACGCCGAGUGUGACCAAGUGAUGGUUGUCAUGAUGUUUGUCGUUGGGGUGACACUUCUAGGAGCGUCGUACCCCGCCAUUGUGGUCAACUCGAUGGAUUUGAGUCCCAACUACUCGGGGACGUUGAUGGCCAUUGGAAACAGCUUCGCUGCUUUGGGAGGUAUUUUCACUCCAUACGUUGUUGGGAUUCUUACUCCCAAUCAGACAAUUGCCGAGUGGAGGAUAGCUUUCUGGAUUGUUUUUGCCACGGCUGUCCUGUCUUGUAUGUUCUUUUUGGUGUUCGGCAGCGUAGAGGUACAACCGUGGAACGAUCCAGACUUUUUGAAGAACGAGGGCAAAAAGCGUGACUUGGAAAGCACGUGAGAUUUCUCAUGCGAAUUUUGAGAAAGGACUAUAUACGAUUUGUGACAACCGUUUUAUAUUUUUGUAAAACGAUGAUAUGUUAAGUGGUAGAAUCACUGCGCACUGUUUUUUGACACUCAACGUACCAAGACUUUAAUUUUUAGUAUUCAUAAUAAUGGUAUUAUACGCCUCGUAAAUCUGGGUGAUUUUGAUGGUUUACAUAUACCCUCGGAAAUAGAUUCUUUUACAACUUGAUGUUAAGAACGAAUUUAUUUCCGUGGAUGUAUACAAGGGCGUACAAAAUAUUGAUGUCGAACAGCAGGUCACUUGUUUGAAAGAUAAGCUCCGUAUUAGAAUUACAAGCUUUUUUUUUUUACAAUUUAUUGAGAUAUAAAAGUUUUGUUGUUGCAUAAUCAAACGAAGACUACAAUUUUUAUAUUAAGACCAAAGAAUGUGUUAAUGUUCAUACUAAGUUCGCUUGGUUGGUAAAAGGCACGAAUAACUAUCAAUCAAUGCGAAAUAAGCAUGCAAUGUCCAAAGACUGGGCUUAUUUUAUACAGAUAUUUCUUUAAUCGAUAGUAGUGGUUUCCUCUUGAUGAAGAUACAUUAUUACAAUGGAUAGAGAUAUAGUAAUAAUCACAAAUCUUAGGUUUAUUAUUAUUUUAUUCCUAUCCACAGGUAUACUUUUAUUAAUAAAAAGAUAUGGGCUGACAUCGAUUUGUUACGCAUCAAUUAGAGCCCCGUGGCUAAAGUUUUAGUUUCAGUUAUUGCCGCAUAAUGCUAUUCUAGAUAAUAGAAUGGCGCUAAAUUUUCGCGCUUUGCUUUUGAACACGUGAAAUGGUUAAGGCUUUAGUUCCAACUUUAGCCAUUUCAUCCUCUUUUGUACGGGCUCUUCGGCGCUAGUAGUCGCGGCUCACCUCAAAUUGUUAACUUAUUUUAUCUUACCAGCCAAUAGAAGUUAAAUCUUUAAAUAUCCCGUGCAACUAUAAUCAAUGUCAGACAAUUCUAAAUGAACUAAAAAUAGUUGCAAACAAAUUUGUUUGGAAAGUAAUUUGUAGCCGUUUUAUGAUCAACCAAACGGUGUUUGUUACAAUCGAUCACACGAUCUGAUAUAGUUAAGUAAGGGUACCAACUUACAACUUUACGAAAACUUACGAAAAUUUCAUUUACUGCGAACAUUUUGUCAGAGUUUUAUUCCAGUCUUUGGCAUUGUUCUAGGUGAAUAACAGCGCGUAAACUCGAAAAUAAGACUUAGUUGUUUUAAUGUUACAAAAAAGUACAAUAGUCCAGUUAAACUAACUCUGAAUCAAAAAGUUGUUCUGCGCUACUACUUGAUUUAUAAUAUUUACAACCUUUCUUAUAUAAAUAAAAAAAAUUGUAGGGAAGUGAAAAAACUUUUUAAAAAAUAGUGUACUAACUAAAAUAUAGAGAGCUUAAAUAUUUCAACAAAAUUACGAUGCAAAAAAUGGGCCUGUAACGAUGGAAUGCGGGUAGAUGACUUUUUAUGAGAAACGAUCGAUCCUUAGAAGAUCUGAAAAAAGUAUUUAUGAAAAAAUUGAGUCGAACAAUGAAAUGGCAAAGAUAAAAGUGGAUAAACGUAUGUAAUUUGUAUAUAUUUUUUAAAUAAUUGUUUUAAAAAAAGAAGAAAAAAAAAAAUGUUAGUUACAACUGUAGUUUUGUAUCCAAACUUUAA